AUGUUCCCUUUCAACAUCCUGCGAUCCCUCCUCCCUUUCACGGAUCGAAGCCUCUUUCCUCUUCCCUCCCUCGAGAUUAUUGAAAUUGACACAGCUCAUACGAAACAAGCCCGGGCGCUCAAGCACCUUCUCAAACUCAACCAUGUCAACUAUGCAAUCCUUUGGAACGAGCGCAAAUUCCACAACCAUGCCCCGCAUUCCCUCUCCUCUUAUUUCUUGCUCGGCGCAAACGCAGAGCAAUUAAAUCACCUGUACGAAGUGGAACUGAAGCAGCUAGAUCCUUGGGUCGACUCACCGGGAGAAGUCAGCACGUUUGACUGGCGGGAUUUCCUGGGGAAGAGGGAAUAUCAACGGGCAUUUGUGGACUUUUUCGAAGAUGAGCUUGUCCGGCAUAGCUAUGACUGGAAGAAGGUUGUCUUCCAUUACAUCUUCUCCGGGAAAGAGCCGCUGUUCAACUCUCUAACGGCUGAUCUUGGCCACCCCCUCAUUCAUCUUGCCUACGCCUUCGAAGUCUCCAGCCGCGAAGUCGCAAUGGAAGCCCUCUCCCUAACAGCAGUCUGCUACGGCACACCUCACAAAUACCUCGACGACCCCUCCUACUCAAAAGCGCAACCCUCCUACACCUCAACCUCACCCCUCGAUAUCCUCUCCAAAGUCCGCGCCGACAAACGCCUACACAACCUCUUCUCCACCCCCGGCGACCACAACAGCGAGGCCGUCUUCCGCGACGCAGAAGCUGUAAUCCUUGACCACUGGAACGCUUUGAGUAUCCCACCCACAACCACCGACGCCAUGGCCUGCCUUCGCGAGUGCCAACAAGCAGCCGCCGCGCUGCUAACCGCAACUCUCCCCACGACGAAAGAGAGCACAGGAGACCCGGACGCAAAGUACGACUUCUUCUUCGUUCAUGUGCUCACGACUAGCCACGCAGUCCGCGUCCUCCUGCCUAUCGUCCCUGUGAAAUUCCAGGUUCCGCUCCUUCGUCAGUGGUGGCUCAUGACGCUUGCCAUUUACAUCGGCCAGCUCAGACCUGAAAUCAAUCUCGAUUCUGUGCAUAAGUACAAUAUCGCCCAUAAGGAUUGGAGCUAUGUGACCCAUACUGCGUUGAACGGGGAGUACGCGACUGAGACGCACUAUGUCAAGGCCCUUCGCGCGAUGAGGGAUGCGGCCACGACCUGGGGGAAGCAGGAUGGGUUUUAUCUCAAAGCCGCUGUGAAGUUUGCGGAUGGCUUUACGGGAUGGGGUGGGUUUGUUUGA